AUGAAUCCGAAAGGGAACGAAUAUUCUGGAGAAAUACCCAUUGGCAAGAGCAAGUAUGAUGAAACGAAUGCUACAAAGAACGAUAAAGCUCCUCUGGAUAUCAAGAUAAAUGAUGCUGCGGGCGGUACCAACCACAAUCUCAGGAAACCCGCAUCGGUAUUUGAUGUCAUUACGCAUACGAUUCAUCUUCAGGAUGAUCCCAACUUGCCAGCCAUCACUUUCCGCUCCGUUCUCAUUGGUCUCGUCCUAUCAAUAUUUGGGGGUGUAUUAUCCGGAAUAUAUUAUUUUAAGCCCCAGUCCAUCGCUAUUCCACCCACCUUCCUGGCCGUCAUAUCCUUCAUUCUGGGGCAAGCCAUGUCGCUUGCUAUCCCGCGCUGGGGUGGCCGGCUGGGCAGCUUUCUCAAUCCCGGGUCCUUCAACAUCAAGGAGCACCUUGCUAUCAUUAUAAUGGCAAGCUCGGCUAGUUCUGCGGCACUGGGCCUCGAAAUCGUGGCUGCAGAGAGGCUCUACUACAACAAGAGGAUGAAUGCCGCGCUCGCAUUCUUCAUGUUGAUUUCGUCGCAGUAUUUGGGAUACGGGAUGGCUGGCCUCAUGCGGCGUACCAUGGUGUAUCCCAGCGCCAUGAUAUGGCCGGCAAACUUGCCGAUCAAUUCCAUGCUUGAGAGCCUCCAUCUGAAGCUACCAGAGAAUAGAAAACCGCUGCGCGUUUUUCUCUAUGUCUUUGCAGCGAUUUUCAUCUGGGAACUCUUCCCGCAGUGGGUAUGUCCGUUGCUCACUGGGGUGAGCGUCUUUUGCCUGGCGAAUCGCAACAGCACCGUCUUCACCAAUGUCUUUGGCGGAGCCGAAGGCAAUGAGGGAUUGGGGCUCUUCUCUUUAUCGUUCGACUGGCAAUACAUCUCGGGAGGCCUGUCGCCAUUGUAUUUCCCAGUCAGUAGCCUGAUUAGUCAGGGCAUCGGGGUAUGUGGGUGCGUCAUUCUUUUCGCGGGCAUCUAUUACAACAAUGUCUGGGAUGCAAUGAGCUAUCCAUUUCUCUCCCAGCUCAUUUUUUCCAACACUUCGAGUGCGGAGAGUCCCGUUCAAUGGAACCAGACCGCCGCCAUCGGCCCAGAUGGCAAGAUCAACAUGGAUGCCGUGAAUUCAUUGGGCUUGCCUAGCUUCUCGGCGUCCAACGUCCUCAACAUUCUGUUAACUAACAUGUGUAUUGCGGCAGCGGUAACUCACCUGUUUCUUUGGUACCCCGCCGAGAUAAAGGUUGCUUUUGCAUUUCUAAAACCGAAAUGUAUACGCGAUUCGGUACGAGGCCUUCCCGGAUGGCUUUCUAACCCAGCCGCUAACCGCCGAGAGGAAAUGGAGGACAAUUAUGAUCCCCAUUAUGCCCUCAUGAAGUGUUACAAGCCCUGCCCUGACUGGUGGUAUGCUGUCGUUCUUUGCUUCUCAGUUACCUGCGGUCUUAUUGUUGUCUACAAAGCUGAAAGUACACUCCCGUGGUGGGGAUUCUUGGUUGCUGCCCUUGUUGGCUACUGUCUUCUUGUCAUACUCGGGUCCAUGCAAGGUGCUACGGGAGUUCCUUUUACCAUUCAGUCGAUCGUCCAGAUGAUUGGAGGCUACAUCCGGCCGGGAUACCCCGUGGCCAACAUGUACUUUUCAUUGUACGGGUACAACGCACUACUGCAGGGCAAACUGCUUGCGCAAGAUCUUAAACUUGCCCAGUACGGCCACUUGGCGCCGCGGAUCACCUUCUCAAUGCAAAUGCUGGGGACCUUGGUUGGUGCCAUAGCCAACUACGUCAUCGCCAACAGCAUCAUCGAUAACCAGGCUGAUAUCCUGCGCAGCGUUCAAGGCACCAACAUCUGGUCAGGUAACCAAGCCCAGCAGUUUAACGCUCAAUCCGUCACGUUUGGCGGUCUGCCGCAUCAGCUCUUCAGCGUCGGUAGCAAGUAUCAGUGGGUUCCGCUGGCCAUGUUGCCUGGCUUUCUCGCGCCUCUACCCUGGUGGCUCGCCCACCGAAAGUGGCCCAACCUGGGCCUCCAUCACGUCAACACCCCCAUCAUUUUAUUCUACAUGUGCUAUUUAAAUGUUGGAAUCAACUCUUCCCUGAUGAUGUUCUUCAUCGUCGGAUUCACGUCGCAGUGGCUUCUUCGUCGGAAAUAUCCUAACGUUUUUUUGCGUUAUAACUACUUGAUCUCGGCGGCUUUAGAUGGUGGGACCUCAGUCAUGGUUUUCAUAUUAUCAUUUGCUGUACUCGGUGCAUCUGGUGCAGCAGUAUCAUUUCCAAACUACUGGGGCAAACCCUCGAAGGGGUUUGUUGAUUAUUGUUACAAGUCUGGGUCAUCUUGA